AUUUCAAGAGUUAGUUCUUUGACUAAGUCUAUGUGCUCUUUGCUUGCCUUGGCUUCGGUACCCUUGUGCUGGAUGCUGCUGCUCACGUGCCGUUGGUGUUUCUCUUCACAGUGCUUGCUGGGCUCGCGUUUAUGUUCUCCACGAGCAUUCUACUGCAGAUACUGGCAUGUGCUUUGUACAACAACUGGUGGCCCAUGUUAGCAGCUCUUAUGUAUGUCCUUGUACCAAUGCCAUGCCUAUUCUUUGGCGGUGGAUCUACACAGUUCUUGACUAGCAGAGAUGGUGGAGCGUGGAUUAAUGCUGCAAAAUUCCUUACUGGUGCGUCUGCCAUGGGAAGCUUCGCCAUUCCAGCAAUCCUGAGGCACGCUGGCCUAAUCGAGACUGGUGCCAUGUUCAUCGAGUUCACGUCCUUCUUCAUUCUCGUAUGCACAGUGCUGUGCUUCCACAGGGCUACCCUGGAUGAAGACUGGUAAAUGUGCAUGGACCGUGACAACCACGCUAAGAAAAAUUCCUGUUGGAAGCUAACAUGGAUCUGUACAAAAGAAGCGUAUUUGAACCGCGUUGCUGAUGUUUUAAUAUGGAUGCUUGAGAAUUCUGGAAUCAAGUGGCAAUGCCAAUGUUCUGUGAUC